GUCUAGAGACUUACACGAAUACAAGAGACACGAUGGACGAGUUCAAACGGAUUCAAAUGUCUUCACUUCUCAUUCUGCUGCUUCAGUUUACAGGGGCUGCAAUUGGACAGCGUCUCCUCUACCCCUCUGUCAGAGCUGGAGAUGAAGCCACUUUGCCGUGUAACAGUGUGAUUAAUGAUCAGGGUCAAUGUGAUGGUACUACCUGGCUCUUCACUGAUUCAGUAGAGCUGGUUAAAGGUGGGCAGAUUGUUGACAAAGCUGAAUCAGACAGACUGAGAGUUACAGAGAAUUGUUCUCUGGUUAUGAAGAAGGUCACAGAGGAGGAUGCUGGUUAUUACACCUGCAGACAGUUCAACAGAUCAGAUCAACAAGAAGGUCUAGACUCUGAGGUUCUUCUGUCUGUUGUUUCCAUGACUGGACAUCAGGACAAUGAUGAGGUGACGUUAAGCUGCUCUGUAUCGACAUAUAGAGGAGGAUGUAUACACCCAGUGAAGUGGCUGCUUCAGGGUCGAGAUGUGGACAAAGAUCACAGAGAGAUAAACACAUCACAGUCUUACUGCUCUGCCUCUGUGACAUUUCUGACUUCUCUCUUUAGUAACACAACAAGGUCUGAGUUGUUUACUUGUGCAGUAACUAAUGGUUACAACGGAGAAGUGCAUCUGUUUCCCUUCAGCCCUCAGUCCUCAGGUGAGGACACAACAACAACAACAGAGAGCGACUCCAGAUCAGGUCUCUUGAGGCACAUCCUCGUGCCUGUGGGUUUAGCCGCUCUCAUAAUGAUUGUCGUGGCGGUCAACAUAUGGACGAGAGCUAAAGAGAAGAAAACACAGAUGGAUGAAAUCAAUGUGCGUUAUGAUGUAGAUGAUGGUACAGUGAACUAUGAAAACAUCAGACCUCCUGAUGGAGUUUGAGCAACACUUCUGCCUCCAUCAGACUCCACUGAUCAACAACGUCUACAUCUAUCAUCAGGAGUGGAAGAUUAUACACUCAUUCUGAAUGACAUAUUAUUUCAUUUUAGUCUUGAUCUAAUAAACCACUGGAUGUCACUGUAAA